CCUGUGGGGAUAAAAAAGAAAAAAAGAAAGAAAAAAAAAUUACAACGAAUGUUACAAACAAAUCGAUGCACGUUUUUCCUUAAUAGACGGCAAAAAAAAAGACGAAAGAAAGGAUAAAAUGAAAUAGAAAGAGAAUACUAGGAUUAAAAAUCUCUCCUUUUCCAUCUCGUUGGAGAAAAUCCUGAAAGAUAAUAAAGUAUACAUAUUUGGGGAAAAGCUAUUACGAACGGAAAGAUACGACGCGACAUUUUCCGCGACGACUCGUCUAACAGGGCUUUUUCUCUGGCUUUCGCGCGCAAACUCCGCGUAUCGUCUUUAUUGAUCCGUUUGCCCUACGUUCGUAGCUUAGCAAUCGAGAGGGAAAGAGAGUAAAGGAAGGAGAGAAAAGCACGCCGUAAAUAUUCGUUCCAGUGUAUUCGCCGUGGCGAGGAUACGCGCAUUAAAAGGCGUUCAAAAGCGACGUGAGCGUGGCGCAAGAUGGCCCGGGGAGAUACGGAGGAUGGACCCCUGGUUCGACCCGUUGAGGCCGUAUCGACGACAACGUUGGUCGCGCUAUGCACCGGCGGCGCCUUCUUGAUUUGCGCCGUCGCGAUGACCUGGUGGCUCUGUCGACGACGACGCGAGCAUACCAAGCUAAACGCGGACAGAUCGUUGGCUUUCAGACCACCCCGUAGAAAGCCGACCGCGGUAAAGAGUCCCGGUAGCACGAGCCAUUAUUUGAAAAAGAGUCCGAGUCCAACCGGGCCUGCAAAAAGUCCACCAGGCUCGACCGGACAACAGACGAACCAUCAGACCAGUCCGACCGGAUCUAGAGACGAAGGAUCGACUAAUGCCACCAUCUCGGACUCGACGACGUCGCACAACACCGGAAAUAAUAAUACGAAUUACGAUGUUUCGCGUUGUGAGAAAGCCGGUACGCCGCCAGUUGAAACGCCUACCAGCACCGAGGUUACCCUCAAUAUCGAGGACGAAUGCGACAAGGCCGAACUCGAGAAUAACGAGAAGGUCAAAUGCGAGAAAAAUGUUGAAAUCUCGGAUAAGAAGGACGGUCUAGGUAUAUUGGUAUUUAAAUUGAGAUACAAGAGCGAGCAAAAUGCAUUGGCGGUGACGGUCGUCAAGUGUAAGAAAUUACCGGCUAGGGAUCAGGGUAACGCUAGCAGCGAUCCUUACGUGAAGUUGCAGCUUUUGCCGGACAAACGACAUCACGUUAAAACAAGAGUCCUUCGAAAUACGAGAAAUCCCGUUUACAACGAGGAUUUCACGUUCUUUGGAAUUACAAAGAGUCAACUCGAGGAUAUCAGUCUGCACUUCGUCGUUCUAAGUUUCGACAGAUACUCGCGCGACGAGAUUAUCGGCGAGUUAACGUGCGCACUUUCCUCGAUACCAGGGUUAAAAGAUUCCGAUAAUCAAGAAAUAUCUCUGCGCAGAAACAUCUGUCCGAGGAGUUUGAAGAUACAAUCCCAAGGGAGAGGGGAACUGCUAGUAUCGUUCUGCUGGCAGCCGGUGGCGAGUAAGCUGUCGGUCUUUGUCUUAAAGGCACAUAAUCUCCCGAAAAUGGACGUGACGGGUCUUGCGGAUCCCUACGUUAAGAUUUAUCUCUCUUAUAAUUCGAAAUGUAUCGCCAAGAAGAUGACGCACGUCAAGAUGCGUACCCUCAGUCCCGUAUUCAACGAGUCAUUUAUUUUCGAGAUACCCAAUAAUAUCCAUAGUUUAAGCAACGUUAGCUUGGAGAUAGUUCUUUACGAUUGGGAUAGAUUUACGAAGAAUGAGGUGAUUGGCAGAUUAAAAUUUGGCGGCCCAAAAUGUCAAGAAUCCGCGCUAAAUCAUUGGAACGAAAUUUCAAGAUCUCCGCGACGGCAGGUCGCGGAAUGGCACAAAUUGAGGGAAUAAUUAAUUUUCCCCACCUUAUUUGUGGGAAUGCGACCUAUCCUCCCUAUUUCUCCCUCCUCUCCCCUUUCGAUCUAGAAUUCUUUUAGAAUUCUUUCUUCGAUUUCCUCGAAGGACAAGAUUAAAACGAGAACGAGGAGCCGUAAUGUCCCCACGGUCAGUGUCGCUGCUCUCUUUGAUGAAAUUUUGCGACGCCUCUAGAAGAAAUUCCUUCGAAGAAACGAAGAGACUUAUGCCAAUAUGCUUAUCUAUGCUGCUGUGCACCAUUAUUUCAUGGAGUUAUAUUUUUGCGUCUAUUACGAGCAUGCGCGUGCUAGGUAUACCACAUAUAUAUAUAUGUGUGCGUGCGUAUGUACAUGUAUAUCUAGUAUAUAUGUUCUAUUAUUUAUUUAUUUAUUUAUUUGUUUGUUUGUUUGUUUGUUCGUUUGUUUGUUUCUCUUUCUGUCUGUCUGUCUGUUUGUUUGUUUGUUUCGUUUGAACGUAAAAUCAUUUAAUCCUUUCCGAGGAGUGUUUGAAAAAAAUCUUCGGCCAAAGGGUCAAAGCCCUAUUAAGGAUGGAAAAAACGAAAAGAAAGGAAAGCAAGUAGACUCCAUUGGCCCUUUAAUCAUUGCUAGCAGCUCUAAUAAAAACAUUCACGAACGGUCUGAAAAUCAUAGCCCUUAUUUCUUGUCUCUCUAUCGUUGUCGUUCCUUUAAGAGGAUAAUUUACGAUCGAAUAUCAUUAUCAUUAAUAUAAAAGAUAUUACGAGGCACGCUUAGAAAACGAGAUAAAAGAUGAUGCGAGAGAUCCACUUAUGUUUCCGCGUUAACGAGCGCGCAUUUUAUUUUUAUAGAAUUUCUAUAACGUAGUCAUUUUGCCUUCGGAUUUCUCUUUAAAUUCGUCGCUAAAGGACGAAAACGUUCUAGCUAGUUUUUCUAUGUAAAAUGAAUCGAACGAAGAACAAGAAAGUUGACUCGAAAGUUGGACGAGAGCUCUUCUCUUUUUGAAGAUCGGAUUUCGAGGAAUUAAUCAAGUUGAUUUUUAUUAGAAAUAAAUAUGAGUCCGAUUGAUUACUUCGGGUCAGUUGAUCACUUCGGGAUUAUAAGACGAGAGAAAAAGAAGAAGAAGAAGAAGAAGAAAAAGAAGAAAGUGAAAAUAAACGAAGAGCGAAUUAGAUUUUCGAAGCAUAACGCAUUUUCGAUGAAACGAAUGUAGGAAAAGUUGAAGAAAAAACGAAAGAUCCUUCUUAAAGUGCACCGCUUUUUGCAAAAUUUACAAAUUGCAAAAUUCAUGUAUUCACUGGCGAUGCUUUUUCAAAGAAAGUUUGUAGUACAGAAUUGUCAACCGAUUCAAUGUUCGCGAAUACGCGAAACUCGUGUCACACUCUUCGCAACGUAAAAGUCAAUAAUUGACAACGCAUGAAACAAUUAUUUAUUUUCUUAUUUCACCUUACUCCCAUAUGGUCCUUCUAUCGCGAUAUCAAAGUACGAGCGCGAAUCGAGCAAGUAUACCUUCCUUCGCCCAUUCGUAAGAAAUAAAUUUAUGCCGUUGAAAGGCACCGACGGAGAAAAGAAAAGGGGAGAAAAAGAGAGAAAAAAGGAAAAAAAGAAAAAACUGACCGAAUAAGUAAAUAAAUAAUGUACUAAAUCGAUCGAACGUGUUGCCCUUAGAGCGGCACGUCUCAACUAAAGAAAAGAAACGAAAAAGCCACAUUAUACGAUCGACAAUGUCAGGAUAUUUAUUUAAUUGCUAAUGUUUACGAUAAUAAAGGACUAUACAUAAUAAAUAGUUGGUAUAGGUAAUAUAAGACGCCUCUGACGUUCUCCGUCAAACCUUGCAAAAGACAAUUCGACGAUUAUUUCAUAUUUUAUUCCGUCAUUGUAGAAUCGUUCCUUUAUGAAAUUUCAUUAUUCCAACUCUCAUUGGAGAACACGUUGUGAGAACACAUUGAAACGUUCUCGAGGGAUCGCCAAAAUAGCAUCGUUUACGUUCAUUUUCAUUUUAUCAUUUAUCAACCUGUACUUUAACUUUCCUUUUUUCUUCUCGCUCCCUCCUUUUGAAAAAAUACGUCGAUUCAUUCGCCAACUAUUCGGACUAAUCUAAUGCGAAAUUAUUCCAUGUGAAAUAUAAGAAAGGGCAUAAAUUUAAUGCGAUAAUGACUAUCGUCCAAAUUAAUAACGCUUUGUGUCAUGUACUCUUUUCGUAGUAUAGCGUACUCUAUUUAAACGGAUGGCGCAAAGCUGAUAAUAAAUAAGAAACGGUGCUUUUUUCCUUCUCCUCGGAGAACAAUAUUAUAUGCGAGGGGACGCGUAACGACGACAAUGCUGUCCGUGGAAAGAUUUUAAGGCUGUGUGGUCAAUAAUAAAAAAAAAAAAAAAAAAAAAAAAAAGAAAACGUUAUCUUCUAAUCAUUUUCUUCCUCUCCUUCUUCGAAUAAAUUUAUAAUUUCCUCGAAAUCACGUCUUUUUCUACAAGAUCGGAAAGAAAAAAAAAACAUAUUUCACCAAUGAACAAAAGAAAGGAAAAACGUAUUUCCUACGUGUUCGUAUAACGUUCGCCUUUAAAUUUUCCUUAGAAUCAAUUCUCAAUUAUACACAGAAGAAAUUACUUUUUAACUUU